AUGUGUCAAGCUCCCAUUCUGCCCUUUCACAGUUUGACUCCUGCUGGGGGUGUUGAUAUGACCGAUGCGAGGUCAAAACUGCAGUCCACUUCAGCUGAGUUGAGAACAACAUUUUGGAAGGCAAAGCUAUGUGAGAUUCAAUGGAAACAAAAGCACGAACAUUCUAGCUUGAAUACUCUAACAAACAGAAUACCGGCAAAGUUCUCAAACCAAAUUCAAGUACACCUCAACGCCCAUCCGCUUACCUCCUCGCCUCAUCCAGCCAGUAGCCAGCGGAGGCUGCGGGAAAAUAACUCGGAUGUGGUCUCCUCGACCUUUUUGGAUAACUCGCCAAAAUCAUCAAACCCAGUCGUCCCACACAAAUCCUCUUUGCCUUUCCACUCGCGACAGCCAGCCCCACCUAAUUCCAAUUAUUUGCUCGGCUCCAAGCCGGAUAGUAGGCCGGACCAGACCAGACAUUUGGGCGAGCCAAACAAAAGGUCAGAAUGCAGGGAAACUGUGCUUCGAAGUUGCUCAAUCAAGCGUCAGUUCAAAGGGUUGGAGCGCGACUCAAGCACAUCUUCCACGGAUACGGUCAUAUGGCGUCCAGGUAAUACUGUCAUAGUUUGCUCAUUGUGUAAAGCUUGUAUAGAAACGGUAUCAACGAGACUUAUACAAAUAAUGAUUAGACUAAAUUCAAAAACAGAACGAUUUCAAGAUAUGCAAGAGUAA